CAGGGGCGCGGGAGCUGGGGAGCGGCUUUCCGGAGAGCGCGCUGAGGGAGGAGCGGCUCCGUCGCCGCUGUAGGGGAGCCGCGGAGGUGGGAGAGCGGCGUGGGGCGCACGGGUGGGCGGCCGGUGGGCCGGGGCGACGGCCUGGCUGCGGGUGGAGGAGCCAGUGGGCCGGCUCCCUGAGGAGAGGGCGCCCGGCUUUUUUCCGCUCUGCGCCAACUUUGGGGUGUGGCAGGGUUAGUGAGAGGCCUGCACCCCCGUCCUGGGCUGGAGCGAGAACGGCGGCCGCCGGAGUACUAAAUCACAAGUCUGUAGCCCCGAUUACCCGCGAGGAGGUGAGGCCUCCUCGUCAAGCCUCCCUUCUGUUAAAGGCCUGCCCCGAGAAUUUCCUGUCACCCUCUGCCUCGCCCUGGUUGCCCACUGUCAGGGCCGCAGAGGCUGAAACAGGUCGAGUGACUGUUAAGUCUCUGUAAGGAUUCUUAAGGAUCGCACAGUGUGAGUUCCCGAGUCUCACCAUGUCAGGGAAGCGGAAGCGCGUAGUGUUGACUAUUAAAGAUAAACUUGAUAUAAUAAAGAAACUCGAAGAUGGAGGCUCUUCCAAGCAGUUGGCGGUGAUUUACGGAAUUGGUGAAACAACAGUUAGGGAUAUACGAAAGAACAAGGAAAAGAUUAUAACUUACGCGAGCAGCUCUGAUUCCACAAGUCUCCUGGCCAAGAGAAAAUCUAUGAAGCCAUCCAUGUAUGAGGAACUAGACAGAGCAAUGUUAGAAUGGUUCAAUCAGCAGCGAGCUAAAGGGAAUCCCGUAUCUGGACCAAUUUGUGCCAAACGGGCAGAGUUCUUUUUCUACGCGUUGGGAAUGGAUGGUGAUUUUAACCCUUCUGCUGGUUGGUUAACCCGGUUUAAGCAGCGGCACAGCAUUAGAGAGAUUAACAUUAGAAAUGAAAGAUUAAGUGGAGAAGAGACUGCUGUGGAAGAUUUUUGUAACAACUUUAGAGAUUUUAUCGAGCAGGAGAAUUUGCAGCCAGAACAAAUCUACAAUGCUGAUGAGACUGGACUUUUUUGGAAGUGCCUACCUUCCAGGACUGCAGUAAUUAAAGGUAAAUGUACUGUCCCUGGGCAGAACUCAGUUGAAGAAAGAAUCACUGUUAUGUGUUGCACCAAUGCAACAGGCUUACACAAACUAAAACUUUGUGUUGUGGGCAAAGCAAGGAAACCUCGUUCCUUCAAGUCGACUGACACCUUAAACCUGCCCGUCUCUUAUUUCAGCCAGAAAGGUGCAUGGAUGGAUCUCUCCAUUUUCAGACAAUGGUUCGAUAAAAUUUUUGUGCCUCAGGUUCGAGAGUACUUAAGAUCUAAAGGCUUGCCGGAGAAAGCUGUGCUCUUGCUGGGUAAUUCACCAACACAUCCAAAUGAAAAUGUCCUGAGGUCAGAUGAUGGUCAAAUAUUUGCUAAAUAUUUACCACCUAAUGUAGCUUCAUCGAUUCAGCCCUUAGGUCAGGGAGUCAUAGCAUCCAUGAAAAGAAACUAUCGUGCAGGUCUUCUCCAGAGCAAUUUGGAAGAAGGUAAUGACCUGAAGUCAUUCUGGAAGAAGCUGACUCUGUUGGAUGCACUUUAUGAAAUAGCAAUGGCAUGGAACUUAGUAAAGCCAGCCACCAUUAGCGGAGCUUGGAAACAGAUUCUUCCUGCCAUAGAGGAAAAAGAAGGGUUGGACUUUGAUGAAGAAGAUAUUUCUGGUGCUACUGUGGCCACUAUUUUACAGCACACCAAAGGACUGGAAAAUGUAACUCCUGAAAAUAUGGAAAAGUGGCUUGAGAUUGACAGUACUGAACCAGGUUAUGAAGUGUUAACUGACAGUGAAAUCAUCAGAAGAGCCCAAGGCCAGACAGAUGAAUCCAGUGAAAAUGAUGAGGAAGGAGUUGAACUGAUUCCAGAAAAACACAUAAAUCAUAAAGCUGCUCUCCAAUGGACUGAAAAUUUAUUAGAUUAUCUAGAACAGCAAGGUGAUAUGAUUCUACCCGACAGACUGGUAAUACGUAAACUUAGAGCCACCAUCAGAAAUAAACAGAAGAUGACGAACUCAAGUCAAUAACUGCAUUUGAGUUUUAUCAUUGUUAAGACUGUAUUUGUGAAACUGCAAUGUGGCAUAAUUUUCUUCCUCUUAUACAUUGUCAAACAGUCCUAUGAAAUACAAAUGCAAAAUGUAUCUGC